GUGGCGUGAUGGAACUUGUCUUUUAUUGGCCUCUUUCAAACACCACGCACUUAAAGUACGUCGAUUGUUGUAAAUAUUGUCUUUUUACUGUAUGUUAACAUGUUAACAUAGAAUAUAAAUCUCCCGGAGGAAGUGUGUCUUGAUAACGGAUGGAAUAUCAAGGUUUUGUUUUAUUUUAUUGCUAAACAUGUCACAAUAAUUUUGUGACUUAAUGGAGGCUGCCAGGCUGGCAGUAUUAUGCCUGUAUAUUUUGUAAAAAUGAAGAUAAGUAUACUAUAAAUCUAUACUAAUUUAUAAACACGCAGAAGGGCUAAAAUGGGAUCAUAUUAUAUCGAAUCAGAUUACGAAUAUCUGCCAGGACUGUUCAGUUCAUUGACAGAGGUAUUAUCAGAAAAUAGGCAAUAUUAUGCGAGAAUGGACGACAGUGGAAAAUUCGAGAAAUUCUCGCAAUGCUUCGAAGAUUUGCUAGAGAUUACAGCAAAAACUUUAAAGUUGCUCCUAGAAGUUGCUGCUGUCUCACCGCUUUUUGAUUAUGAUCCCAACAUCAAGGGCAAUGGCUACAGGACAAUAGUCAGGGUGGUUGAGCUGUGUUUUAGACGUCUGCAUUCAUUGGGACUGUAUUUUCAGGAGAACAGGGACGGACUGCUUUUUCGUUCAGAUCAUUACUAUAAGGAAAUUGUGAGCUAUCUAGACUUGUCUAAAGGCUUAUUUAAGUUCUUGGAGUUUGCGAAGCUUCUCUUAGAAUGGAGCAAUGGGAACGAUUUAUUCCCCCCUGAAGAUUGUUAUGAUGCCAAGACAAUGACUGAGUGUCACCUACAUGAAAUGGAAAAAGAGUGUUUCUAUGGUAGACGUCUUGGAUUUCAUUUCAACACUGCAUUAAGAGGAUUUUUAACCACUGUGUGCAUCACUAUGGCAUCUUUUGGAGAUGGUUAUGAGAAACAUGAUGGAUCCUUUACAGUAGCUGCAGCAUCAUUAUUGAAUGGCCCAAAAUAUUUGGUUAAUCCGGACUUGAGAGCAAAAAAACUUAUUUCUCUCAGUACACUUGUUGAUAUUGAAUUUUGUAAAGCAUUUUGGUCUCUUACAGAACGUUAUGGUUUUCAGCACUUCCCCUUGAUUGUUUCAUCAGCAUUAAGGGUAAAUGAAUUAUUCAAGAUACCUCCUGAACCUAUGGAAAUUAUUACAGAAAGUGGAGAUUAUGUUACUAUUCCACCACCUACUUCUUGGAUUGGAGAGGCACCAGUUGAUGUUCAUCUGUUAUCAUAUUUAUUGAGAGAAGGACAGAGUCGUGAUAAAGAAGGCAAUGCUUGCCAUAACUCUCAAGCUAAGCCUAAAGCAGAUGGUCUUGUUAUACAUAUACAUGGUGGAGGAUUCGUUGCACAGUCUUCAAAGUCUCAUGAAAUCUACUUGAGAAGCUGGGCUAAAUCGCUCAAUGUCCCAAUACUUUCAAUAGACUAUGCUUUGGCACCUGAACUUCCCUUUCCUCGGGCCUUGGAGGAAUGUCUCUUUACUUAUGUCUGGGCUCUCAAAAACCUAGAUAGGCUUGGUACCACCGGAAGGUAUAUUGCCUUAGUUGGUGAUUCAGCGGGAGGAAAUCUUUCCGUAUCCCUGUGUUUAAAAGCAGCUUCUCAUGGGAUACGACUUCCAGAUGGUAUCUUGACAUCGUAUGCUCCAUUUAAUGUCCAGUUCCGUCCUUCACCAUCACGGCUUCUCACCCUUUUGGAUCCCUUAUUACCUGUUGGUAUCCUCACACAGUGUCUUGCGGCGUACACUGGAACGGCAGGAAAAGACAGUGGUGAUGUUUCGAAAAAAACACAGACUUUGACUGGGAGUAUUCCAAGAAAGACGGAAUCUCAAUCAUCUAGUGAUGACUGCUGUUGUUCUGAAAAUGAAAAGCUGUUGCCAGAUUUAGUUAAGGCUAAUAGGCCUGGUAGCACGCGUGUACCACAUGUCGCUAGCGAAUUUGACUUGGUCCAUGCGCAAACGAGUCACGUGCGCAUAACACGAUCCCAGUCUGAUAGCGUGCUGCCAGGCACAAGCCGUGACUUAGAGAUGCACAAGAAAGAUCUCCAUGACGUUACCUCGUGUGGUCUUCUAAAUGAUGAUCAUCUCAUUGCAAUGGCCAAGAAUCCGUUUAUAUCUCCCUUGGUUGCGUCGAAUGAAGAGUUGGCUAAGUUGCCUCCCAUUGACUUACUGGCGUGUACUAUGGAUCCAUUACUUGAUGAUUCCAUCGAGUUCGCUAAACGGCUCCGUGAUGCAGGAAAUAAAGUUGAACUGUACAUUGUGGACGAUCUUCCGCAUGGUUUUCUCAACUUUUACAUGGUCUGUCAGGAGGGACGAGAGGCAAACGAGUUGUGUAUUGCUUGUAUAAAAAAAAUAUUACAAGGAAAAAGAAAUGUGACUGAAUCGUCAACACCACCGAUAUAUUAACAUUUAAUAUAACA